CUGUGGGUCAGCGUGUGGCUUUUACGAAGCACUUCCGGCUCUCCGAGGUAGCAUUCCUUCUGCACUGACUACAAGGCAACUUCUCUCAGGUUCUGAUGAGAGCUAUGAUUUAUCAAGGUGUAUACAGAAGAACUUCCUCUCUGUGGUGCAGGUUACAUUCUACCUAUGUUAGAAAAAUGCGAUACUUGUUUGAGCUAAAGGAAGAUGAUGGCAUUUGUAGGAAAGCCCAGAACUCAGGAACAUUCUACCUCUUUCACAAUCUCUCUCCAUUCCUUAAGAAAGUUGGGAGCAAGUACUUGGCACCACAGAUAAGUGUAGCAGAAAUGAAAAGCAUGCUGGGGAAGUUCAAACAGAAUGAACAGAUGAUAGAGGACUCAGUGCUGAUUGGCUGUUCAGAUGAAUGCAUGGCAUACUUUGCCCUGGAUCUAGGAUCCUUGGAGAAAUCUGUCAUUGAAUCUGAAUUGAAGGGGUCAUUUACUGAGUUACGGAAGGCUUUCUUUCAACUAGAUGGGAAAGAUGCACCCUUGUUGUCCUCGGCUCAGGCCCUUCUUCGUUGGCAUGACACCCAUCAGUACUGUAGCAAAACUGGGCAGCCUACCCAGAAGAACCUAGCUGGCAGCAAGCGUGUUUGCCGUACCAAUGGAAUAAUUUAUUACCCACAGAUGUCCCCAGUGGUUAUCACUUUGGUGUCUGAUGGGAGCCGGUGCCUUCUUGCCCGACAGGCGUCAUUCCCAAAGGGGAUGUACAGUGCUCUGGCAGGCUUCUGUGAUGUGGGUGAGACUCUGGAGGAGACAGUCCGACGGGAGGUGGCAGAAGAGGUGGGAUUGGAGGUGGAGUCUCUGUGGUAUUCUGCUUCUCAGCACUGGCCCUUUCCCAACAGCUCCCUAAUGAUAGCUUGUCAUGCCAUGGUGCAGCCACAACAGACCAAGAUCAGCGUGAACAAACUGGAGUUGGAAGCAGCCGGCUGGUUCAGCCUGGAGGAGAUAAUGGAAGCAUUCGGACGGGAGCCUAAGCCUUUGAAACAGGAGGAUGGCAGCUUUUCACUUUGUCUGCCACCCAAGUGGGCCAUAGCCCACCAACUGAUUCAGGAGUGGAUUAAGCUGCAGGCUUCCACGCCUGCUUAGGCACAGUCUAUCAAGCCUUUAUUUUAGCAGGAAAAACAAGUGAGGACAAGUUCUCACAGUGGUGACCCAGCCAGAAUGGCUCAUAAACUAUCUUAUAUUCAGGUACACCUGGGGCACAGACGCAUAUUUGGAUAAGCCCCAGCAACUCUGAUACACAAAGAGUCAUCAAUUAGACACAAUACCAUAAGUUCCAGUAAAUCUAAAAAAACCCCAAAAGCCCAAACCAGCGUGUCAUCAAACCAGCUACAAGCCUGCAUGAUAGACAUCAGAAUGGUCAAGCCCUACCACGUUUUUCCUCGAGUCCUCUUGGAAUAAAGGAUUCCAUUCAUUUUCCUCUGUUUUACCCCUUAGACAUCUCUGAUGUCACACAAUAGAGCCUCACUCUUUUUGACAGAGGACUAGGUAGGAUUCCAUUUAGGGCCUGUCAGUGUUGGUCCUAGUGCUGCUCUUGCAUGUUUUGAUGAAGUAUGGGAAUAGUGGGAGUGCAAAUUUCAUUAAGUUCCCUCCUUCUAUUGCUCCCCUGCCCCAUCAAGUCUCCCAUUAUGCUCAUCUUCAUACAAAAAUACCCUUGAUUUCCUUUGCUGCUACAUUUGUUCAUAUUGGACUUAGCAGCAAAAAGUAUUACAAGGCCCUCCCUCAGUGCCGAGCACAUUGCCUCUACAGCGUUUCAUCCCCAGGGAGCAAGAUUUGAUGAUAAACAGCAGAGGAACAAAACCUGUAUAAAGCUUUAACUUGCUUGAUAUUCUGGAAGAGCCUCCAUGACUCAAGGGUAAUAGAAAUCACUGAGAGCCUUAGGAACUACAUUUCCGUCUCAGUUCACGGGGUAUCACUCUUAACUCCAUGCAUUGCUUAACUACGGAGCAUUUCUGUGGAGCAGAGAGUCCAGUCACAAGGUUCACGGGUUUGGCUAGAUACGUGCUCCCCUUGUACUGGUGGAAUAGCAGGUUAUCACCCUCUGGGAGACCCACUGAAGCAUAGCCUUGGGCAGGCAGAGACUAAUAGCCUAAUAAUGGAGUUACCUGGAUUUCCGAUUUGCUGGUAAUUAAACUGGAAGAAUUCAGGGUGGCUUCACCUUCUGCUUACUUGGUUGAGUUCUUGGGAAAAUGCACAGAUGCCCACAGUUCCAAGGCUAUUAGUAUGGACAUCUGGAGGGAGAAGUGCAUUUUUAAUUCUCACCAAUUGAUCCUGCUCCUGGCCAAACACUGCUAGCUACACAUUUUCUAUAGUCACGCAUUGUUGUGUUGUAACAGUCUGGCAUCCAGCUUUUUUUAAAAUGUAAUUUACUAUAGCUCUGCUGGUUUGUUCUCCAUUCUUCCCCUGCAUGUGUGGUGUCUGGGUUCCCUCUUCCUGGCUCUUACUCUCAUCAUCCUUUCUUUCCCUUGCUGGAAUACAGGGGAAUUAGGAAUGAGGUAGAGAAUGGGUGUAGAUCAGUCUUGUCUUCUUAUUUCCAUUUUCUAUUGUUUUCUAGCCUGCCUCUGGAACCUGUUUUUCUCAUGUGCACAGAACUCUACUUCGGUGCAUCAACUUCUUGAUGCCUCCUCCAACACCUCUCUCUCUCUCCCCCCCGCACCCCCCCCCCCAUCCACUCAAACCAUGACUACUGAUUACGGAGAGGCAGAGGAAAGUGUGAGUAGCUCAGGGCAGCCCAAGGCAACGACAAGAAGAAAAGGAGUGGCUCAGACAGAUGAGAUGAGAAACUCAUAAUUGCAGUGUAGUCCACAUGUCAAAACUCAAAAGGAAAAACAUGUUUUGGUAUGUCAAAGAAAUGUGGAAGUAUUUUGCAACUUCUGCAGCCUGUGGGGAUUUAUUUUUAGGACAAAACAGGGUGUGUACCUCUUCGCAAUCUUUCUCCAAGUUUUAUAAAUAUACAAUAUAUAUUUACCAUGUAUGUUUGUCAUUAAGCCCUAGAAUGGUCUGCUAGAGACAUAUGCCUAUCUUAAGAGGCCUCACACCCAGUAUACUCUAAAAGUACUGAGAAUGCAUCUGUGUUGUGCUCUGUUCAGCUUUUACAAUACUUCCAAAUGAAUUUUAAUUAGAAGAGCAUAAACACGCAAAGUCCAUUUUUCAAAGUCACUAAAGAAUGUUUACAUUUACACAAAUGCCACAGCAAUUUUUAGCUUCCCACAGCUCUACACCUUGCUGCCUCUCAGCCUUUUCAACUUUUGUCUCUUCUACUCUGCUACCAAGGACUAUUUAGUGGGACUUCAUUUGGGUGCUGGGUGACCACCAAACACAGCAAGCUAAAAAUCAGCACUGCUUCCUCCACCCUUCUGACAAAGGUGAGGGGGGAAGCUGCUAUCCUGCCCCAUCUCCAUAGUGUUUGAUGCUAAAGUUGCUCUGUGCUCCCAAGAGUUCAGGAUGCUCCUCUCUAGCCAGCUGGCCUUUCAGCUCCAGUUGGGAUUCCUGUAGUACAGGCCUCCCCUUCUGAAAUCUUGACUUCAGCCACAUAUUUAUCACUCUGAAGGCAUUUGACUACCUGGAUUUUUUUGCUCUCUGCCAGCCCAAAGCCUAAAGAAAAAAAAAAAAAGCUUUCUUGAUUUUCAAAAAGGGAGACUCGGGCAAGCCCCACUCCAGCCACAGAGGAUUCACACUUGAUCUAAAAGUACUGAUGAUGCAGUGUGACUUGAGAGAAACUGCAUGCACAGACAAGUAGAUAAAGCCUUAAGAAAGAGAGGCUCAUUUUCCCUUCCAUUGCUGCAAGAGAUCCCACAUUUGUUCCCAGUGAGUUAGGUGGUAAUUUAAUUUCCUAAUAGCUGAAUCACUUAAUUAUUAUCCAAGAUUAGACACCUUCAUAGGAAUUAGAAUACUGUAGGCUGGUUAUGAUCCUGCUAGAGUGUGUGCUGCAUCAAGAGGAAUGAAGAUACAUUAUUUAUCUUCCUGCCUAAAAUAGCAAGCUUGCAGCUAAUUAAUCCAUUCAUGCUAGGCUCUGUCCCAGGCUUCAGGCCACAAGUAGAAAAAAGUUAAAUUGUCAGAAGUUCUACAUAAACGCUUCCGCAACAGAAGCGGAUACUCACCUGAACCAGGGAAUUUUAUCACAUACAAAUGCAGGUCUAGUAAAACAAGAUUAGGUUUUGCUGGAAACUUUGACAGCAAAAGUUAAGAAACACUGUUCCUACUCCCUUGAUUACCAUACUGGGAUACCAUCAGACUUCACUCACUAUAAAAACCCUAUUAUAAUUAAAAGCAAAAAUGUUUUAGUACAUUCUUCAAAACAGUCAAAAAGGCAAGACGGCAAUGUUUAUUAUAGCAUGUAACUAUUUUUAUAUGCUGAAUUCUAAUGUGGGUAUUUGUACAACACCCUGAGAUAAGUUGAUAAAUAUAAAUGGUUGGAAUAAAUAAAAUUCUUAAUAAUAGGGAUUUAACUAAGACAGAUAUAAUCAAGACAAAAAUCAGCAGUAGGAGAAUAGAAGAAAUUGCUGCUGUUUUGCUGUUUUACGCAUUAAUAAUUUAGGAUAUUUUUCACCUUGUACCUAUACAGAUGGUCAAAUUCUGGCACUUGCAGUAUCUUAUCAGAGAUCCAUAAAACUUUACAAAUGUGAGCAAACUAUUCAUUUUACAAAUGGGGAAACAGACACAGGCCAAGGUGUCUCAGCAAGGUUGUGGCAGAGCCUCAGCCAGUGACUUCCCUGGAAGUACGACAAUUUAAACCGUUUAAAGAUUUCCCUUCCUAACUUUCAACUCACCUGGUCUGGAAACUGGACAGUGUUUCCUCCCUUAUAAAAGAUCUAAUAAGCCUCCUACUGGUGGUGACUGGAAUACUGGUGUGACAUUCAACAUCAGCAGUACAAGAAACUAGUUGCUAAUCUCUUCUUUAGCGUCAAGAAAAUGGCAGAAUUUUUGUACAAAAAUUUUAAAAUAAAAAUCUAGUUGCAAUUUCAAGUGACUAAACCUAUGUUCCGAUUUUCAGAUGUAUUUAAGAACAGUACUUAGAAAAUCAGUUUUGCCUUCACUUGCCUGCUAGGACCAGUAUUGAGGCUUCUGCUUCCUUGAGAGUUUGACCGUACUAAUCUCCAAAGCAAAAUAUGGAGCUUUUCCUACACUUAAGGUGCCUGAUGUUAAUAGGUAAGGAAACUGCACAGAAAUCUGAAUCAGUCUUGGCAAGUAAGUGAAGGAGGAACCUUUUAUAUAUUUAUUUGAAAUAUUAACUAGAGGAAUAAGACAGUCUUCAUAUGGGUAACUUAAAUGGUUUGCUAGAUAGCUUUAACUGAUGU